AGUAUUUCGCCGCAUCAUUCGGUUUACAAACCUAUUUAAAACCCUUUCUUCAACCCACUGAACUAAGAGAUGGAAACAGAAGAAAAACAGCUUGAAAACUUACUGAAAUGGGCAGCACAUCUCGGAAUAACAGACUCUUCAAAUGGAGUCCCUUCUCACUCUCACUCUUCUUUAGGCCAUUCUCUUACCAUCUCUCAUUUCCCUCUAGCAGGCGGAAGAGGAUUGGGUGCUGUGAGAGGUAUUAGAGAAGGAGAGUUGAUCCUCAAAGUCCCAAAAUCAGCUUUAUUUACAACACGAUCUUUAUUGAAUAAGGAUCACAAUCUAUCUCAUGCUGUCAAUUCACACCCUUCUCUUUCCUCUGCCCAGAUAUUGACGGUAUGUUUAUUAUAUGAAGUGGGUAAAGGAAAGAAUUCACGGUGGCAUCCUUACUUGAUGCUUCUGCCACGGAGUUAUGACAUACUUGCAACUUUUGGCCAAUUUGAGCAGCAAGCUCUGCAAGUGGAUGAUGCUAUAUGGGCUGCGGGGAAGGCUGUGUUGAAAGCUGAAAUAGAGUGGAAAGAAGCCAGUAAACUAAUGGAACAACUUCAGCUUAAGCCUCAAUUUGUCUCAUUUAAAGCAUGGCUUUGGGCUUCUGGAACUGUUUCAUCGCGGACAAUGUAUAUAGCAUGGGAUGAAGCUGGGUGUUUAUGUCCUGUGGGAGAUUUAUUUAACUAUGCUGCACCUGGAGAAGAGCCAAAUGGCUUAGAAAAUGUGGGAGGUACGAUGAAUGCUUCUUCCUUGACAGAGGGGGAUGGAGAAGGUAUCUUAGAUUCUGAGAAAUUCAAUCCUCAAUUGCAGAGGUUAACUGAUGGAUGGUUUGAGGAAGAAGCUAAUGCAUACUGUUUUUAUGCUAGGCAAAGCUAUGAAAAGGGAGAACAGGUUCUAUUAAGUUAUGGAACAUAUACAAAUUUAGAGCUUCUCGAACACUAUGGGUUUCUUUUAGAUGAAAAUCCAAAUGACAAGUUUUUUAUACCCUUGGACACUGGCAUUUAUUCCUCUGGUUCGUGGCCCAAGGAAUCACAAUAUAUACAUCAAAAUGGGAAGCCGUCAUUUGCUCUAUUAUCUGCUUUGCGGCUAUGGCUGACACCAGCGAACCAGCGAAGAUCAGUUGGACACCUUGCUUAUUCAGGAUGUCAACUCUCCGUAGACAAUGAGGUAUCUGUCAUGAAAUGGAUAUCAAAGAAGUGCCUUGGUCAGUUGAAGAAUUUGCCAACUUCAAGUGAAGAAGACAACUUGCUGCUGUCUACCAUCGACAAAAUCCAAGAUUACAAAACCCCUAUGGAGCUAAAAAGGGUUUUGUCAACUUUUGGAGGUGAGGCUUGCACAUUCUUAGAAGACAAUGGUGUGCAAAGUGGAAAGAAUGGUGGUGAAUUAUCAUUUUCUGGUAAGACUAAAUUGUCGAUAGAGAGGUGGAAAUUAGCAGUUCAAUGGAGACUUAGAUAUAAGACAACUCUUGCUGAUUGCAUUUCUUAUUGUUCUGAGAUAAUCAAUUCACUCUUGUGUAAAAAUGUUUCAACUGUCAGAACUAAAGAGCUCAUGAGGUAACAUCCUUUAUGAAUCAAAAUUAAUUUUA